CAGCAUAACUGAAAGGCAACCGGCCUAACAACUGUUUGUUGGCGUAUCGUGUAUGAGGGGAACGGACGGACAUUUUUACGUUUGUAGCCGGCGAAAUUUUUAGUUUGUCUCCGCCCACGUUUCUUGUAUAGUUUAUUAUAAAUGAUUAAUCAAUUAUCAAAGAUGUCAGCGACGUGUUUGACGGAAUCGCCGGUGAAGAAAGAAGCGGUUUCGAACGCAUAUUUUUCGAAUUCAAAACAGCAAAGCCACGACGAAGACAGCUGUAGCAGUGCAGACAUGUUGCCCUCCCCGACGCCAUCUGCUGCCAGCUCAGACGAAUCAGAAGUAGACGGGCCAAAGUAUAGAACACUAAGGGGGAAUAAUAAGCAGGAUGGAGAUGUUGAAAGGAUGGCGAGAGAACUUGCAAGAGACUUUAUUACUUAUAAGGUAGGAGGAAAUUAUAAGCUAUCAUCGGAAUAUGCGGAAACACUGCGAAGGAUCGGCGAUGAAGUGGACAGCAAAUAUGAUAUUUCUCUUAGUGGGAUUGUAAGGAAGUUGAAGUACAGCCCGGAGCGUGAUGGAUCCGAUGGAUUUACAUCAAGUUUAAACACCAUGUUUGAGGAAGGUCCAGUUAAUUGGGGACGUGUUAUUAUGGUUUAUGUAUUCGGUGCCAGAUUGGCCAAAUAUUGUGUUGAGAACAAUCUUGGUGAUCAAGUAGAAACAUUAAUCAAAUACACAGGAGAAUAUGUAGCAAUUAGAUUGUCUGGUUGGAUUAAUAAACAAGGAGGAUGGGAUAACUUCGUUUUGAACUUCAGGCGGAAAGACUGGAGAGAAGAUUUAACUUUCAAGGCCCUUGCCAUAACUGGUGCAUCAUGUGGAGCCCUUGCGCUCCUAAGGCUUUUCACUAAAGCUUGAAAAACUACUAGAAAAGCAGCCAUCUCUGUGAAUUUGGAUGAUAUCAUAAUGGACUAUAACUUUAAAGAUAAAACAUAUUCCUGUGAUUUGGAUAAAAUUUGACAAUUAUAAUUGAGAAUUGGUCACAUCACAUAUGUAUUUGAUGAAAGGAAAGGAACAUGAAUUUAUCAUUUUAAGACAAAAUAUAUAUUCUAUGAUUAUAGCAUCCAGUGACUGUGCAAUAAAAGCAGCUUUUCCACAUCUCAGUAAAGUGUAGCACAUUUUGGUUUUGCUGUUUUGUUUGAGUUCAUAUUCUUUUCUUGAAAGAAAAUUGUUAGCCCAUGAUUUUAGAGUUGAUAAUUUUUCAUACACAGAUUUUCAAACAUAGAAAUCUGAUUAUUCAAUAAAGAAUUUGUUAUAAAAACUUUAAGAGAUAUAUAAAUUUUUUUUGUUUGUAUAUAAAAUAAAAGUUUUUUAAAGAAAAUCGUA